CCGAGCUAUAGUUGUGUAAGGGUCAUCGAUCGCAUACUUUCUUGUCGUGUCUUUGUAAGAAGCGUGUAUACCUCAAAAUGACAAACCAAUAUUGGACUCAACCUUUCGUCUGCGAUAUGGCAACGACUCUUCAGAACACAAGCGAAGACGAGUCCGGACUGCUCAGGGCUCGGCGGCAACGAAUGAAUGUGCAUCAAUCCAUCGACCUGCUGUACCAAGAUCAUACUAAGCUCCUUUACGCCAACUCUCGGCUAUUCGAUAGCUACAAAUCGAUUCUGCAGGAAAACAUUAGGCUUAGGCAGUCCGCUCAGCUCAGAUCCGCCCACAAAUCCGAUACAGACUCGGAGCAGGACUCGAAAUCACACGGUCAAGAACAGGUUCGAAAAAAUACCAGCAGGCAUCGACCAUCCGAGGAACGGGUCGAGCAGCUACAAACAAGUAAUCUCGAAACGGCUCUCAAGUCUAGGUUCGAGAUUUGCUGUCCGCACUGCAAGUAUGUUAUAGUUACAGGUAAGAAGCAAGAGGGGGCCUACGCGCCCGCCAGCGAUGGAGAGUAUUCCAGCAGCGUUGACAACGACGAUGAGGGGGCUCGGCUUGAGCCACCGGAUCUGGAUGUGUAGACAGACCCGCUGGUGGAAGCUGGAUCUGGCGCUGGCUACGGCCCACAGUAAUGGUGGAUAAGCGUGGAGAAAAGGCCUGCCAAGGGUCUUGGCUUGCUUGGACAAAUGCUACAAUCAGCCAAGGGAUGCGGGCCAAGAUUGCUGGUGGGUGGGUCUGGCCUAGAGCCAGUUCCAGCCUUCCAUUGAAUGCUGCCAUCUGUAAAAGUCAAUUUUGAUUCAAUCCAAUUCUUGCCAUCUGCAAAAGCCAAUUCUGACUUAGUUCAUCCAACUUUUGCAAUCUGCCACUUUUCCCAUCUGCUAUAGCGAG